AUGGACGAGUUACUAAGGCCAGCCGGUGUCAUUCGCACCCACAAAAAAGAGGCAGAAACCGACUUCUUCUUGCGAGAACCAACUGCGACAGCCAGCCCGAGCAACCCCGGAACGAGGUCAGACACCCGACAACACAAAGCACCUACAACGCCAGAGGAAGCCUUAGAGAUACUCAAGGACGAACCGGACUACGACUCAUUAAUAUUUGUUUUGACGUUUCUUUCCCAACGAAAAACACCCUCCAUCAAAUCGCCAACCCCCCUAAGCGCCCAGCUCAUCCAAGUCUUAGUCUCCGAAAUCGUCCCCAACUACUGGGCCAUACUCAUCGAGGACGGUCACCAGUCCCAAAAAACCAAGAAGUCCGGUCUAAACCCACUUCUUUUCUGCCUCUCGAGUAUCACCGGGGUUAACGCCAUCCUCGUCCGACUCCGGGCUCUCACUCAGGAAGCGAAAGGGUCAAAUCAGCCAACCCAGCUUAAACGACCUGACGUCUCGCUGAAUCUGGGGAUCCUGUUGGAUUUACUGGGCCGAGUUCUUCAGCCUGACAACUGGCUGUUGGAAGCUUACCGUGUUGCGGUUGCUGGAGGGGAGGCGCCCGCGAAAGUAAGGCCAAGGGUCCAGGAGAUUGUUUCAACGGUUGGUGGUGGUCGUAUCGUCUCGUUGGCAGCGGAAGCGGAGGAUGUGCUCAAAAACGACUCGGCCGGUAGGAAUACGGAUGGUGUUUGGCUCGCGGACUCCAAGCAGUUUACGCAAUGGCUUGGUAGGAAUAUCGUGAGCUUGCUGCGGUCAGACACAGGAACCGAUGAGAAGAAAUUUGCGUCUGAUGUAUUUGGCAAAGCCCUUCGCCUGGGGCACUAUGAUGUGAUAAUAACGCAGCUUGUAUCUGAGCUUGUUUUCACACCUGCUGCGGAUCCUCAAGUCCUUGGGUCACUCAUCGGCAAUUUACCACAAACCGAGCAGCGGAAAGUCUUUUUCUCCGUCGUAACGCUAUUGUCUACGGAGUAUCUUGAUCGUUUUGGCCGCUGCGAAUCGAAAGAGAGCGAACAGUUAAUAUCCGCCGCGGCCGGCGCCCUCAAGGGGAUUCUUGACUCCCUUGAACAUGGAAAGCGGUUCUUGGUGGAAUGGCUAACUGGUUCCUCCGGGGCUGGGAUCGGAGAAGGUGUCGGUAUUCGGCGCUCGGUCAUGGCAGUAAUAUCCCAGGGUAGGGAUGAUCUUGUGACAGGUCUAGAAAAGAGUCUCGGCCAAUUCGGGGAUCAGCUCUACAUCAGGCACUCGCCUAUGUUGCAACAAGAGGCUCACGCCCAGGUUCUGCUUUUGGCUGCCGGAUAUGUUCACAGACAACACCCCGUCAAGCUCGCCAUCCUUCUACGGACUGGUGUAUGGUUGAACGCCAUAUCGAACCGGUUGGCAGCGCCUCACGACCGAGCGCGUUUCCUUGGGAUGGUGGUUGGCGAGAGCCUAUCCGGCCUUGUCGACAAGGGGGAGAAGCGACUGAACUUCAAGAUGGAAGAAACCAACGAAGAAGAAGGAAGCUGGUACAAAAGCCUCACGGGCGUCUCCGACGUGCCAGGCCCCCUGAACCCUUUGUUCAAAGCGCCGACUGCCGUCCCCCAAAAGACUCAGAAGCCCCCUCAAAAGGCAACAGCAAAACCGAUACCUCAGCCCCGCCAAACCGGCUUUAUCAUCGAGGAGCUUAGCGAUGGAGAGGCACCAGAAGAGGACGACAUCAUUCCCUACGCCAAGCCGGACUCGGACCCGGAAGACUCAGACGAUGAUGCCACGUUAGUUCGCCGGGACAAACCAAAGGCCCCCGUGUACAUCAGGGACUUGAUACGGUACUUCCGAGACACAGAGAGUUACGACCACCAAAAGCUUGCCCUUACGACCGCACCGACACUAAUUCGGCGGAAAGCCAAUUAUGGCACGGAGGUCUCGGAACAUGCUGAUGAGCUCGCCUCUCUGCUCGUCGGCCUUAGCGACAAGUUUGAGAUUGAUAACUUUGACGACCUGAGACUCCAAGGUAUGAUGGCUAUCGUCGUCGCCCAGCCGGAGAAGAUGGGCCAGUGGUUUGCAAAGACUUUCUUCGACGGAGACUACUCCGUCUCCCAACGAGCCUCGGUUCUCGUCGUUCUCGGGCUUAGCGCGCGGGAGCUAGCCGGGUAUGAGACAUCUGGCUAUGCUGCCGCUGCUGCCUUCCCUUCCAAGACUCUCCCAGAGCGAGUCGAGCAACUCUACAUAGACGACCCUUCCCGUCACCAAACCCCAGCUCUAAAGCCUCUCCCGCCUAAUGCGCUGGACAACAUCGCAAGCUCCUUGACCUCCACAUUCCUCGCCCCCAUGGCAGCCGCAGCCGCCGAUGCAGCCACCGGGCCCGACGUCCUCAAACUCUCCACCUUCACCUCUCGCCUCGGCAACGACAAUAACACCAACCCAGACGAUAACAGCAUCCAACCCACCAACCCCAAAAUCAAAUACAAAACCAACCCGGCCAACCGCAAACCUCGCGUCCGCGCCAUCCCCAACACAACCGCCCAACUGCUAUCCACCUCCUUCUUCACCCCCCUCACCGCCCGCUUUCACGCUGCUUUAUACGCCGCCUCCUCCAACAACCGCCUCCGCACCAUCCUCUUCCAACCCCAUCUCCUCGCCCUCUACCUCAAAACCCUCGCCCUCCUCCUCCACGCCGCCGGACCCAGCACCCUCGCCCUCCCACACAUGACCGCCGAGCUCUGGCGGCUGCUGCUCAACACCAGCGUGCGGGCCCACGCCGUCGGGGAUCUGUCGGUUACCCGCGCGAUACUGUUUGCGUUGGUGGCGUUGUUGGAUGUGAAUGAGGCGCGGAUGCGGGAUGUGUGCGGAGAGUUGGGGCGGGAGGUGGUGGAGACGCAGGAGUGGGUGGCGGGUGUGUUUGGGGGGUUGAGGGGGGGGGAUGAAGGUGGGGAGGAGGAGCAGGUGAAGGCUUUGGCGGCGGGGGUUUUGGUGAGGUUGAGAGAGGGGGUGGAGAAGUAUCGGUUGUUGAUGGUGGGGGAUUUGAUUGGGUUUUGA